AUACGAAACAGAUCAUAAAAGCUUUCGUAGUCAAGUUUAGAAGUUUACAAUGUUCAGGUUACUCUGUUUCCUAGUUAUCGUCAGUGUGGCAAGUGGUGCUAAUAUUUUCGCAAUAUUUAGUGUGCCAUCAAUAAGCCAUCAACUGGCAUUUCAGCCGAUAUGGCGAGAAUUGUCCUUGCGAGGUCAUAAAGUGACCGUAGUCACUCCUAAUCCUUUGAAAGAUCCGACUUUGACAAAUCUAACAGAGAUCGAUGUUAGUUACGUCUACCGUAGUGUUUCAUUGCAAUUUUUAUUAGACAAUCCUAAUCUUCUACCAGAUCAGUUCAUGAGUAUGUCUGCUGAGAAUUACAUAAAACCUGUAAUUGAAAGUCAGUUGAAUGAUUCAGCUGUAACAAAAAUCCUUAAUGAUAAAAAUUCACAUUUCGACUUGGUGAUAUCCGAAAUGAUUUGUUCUCCGGCUUAUGCUUUUGCAUACAAGUUUAAAGCUCCUUUGGUGGGCAUGUUGUCUUUACCUGACAUGUCCACUGCAUCUAUGGCUGUUGGGAAUCCUCUACAUCCCGUUCUAAAUCCUGACACUAUGCUGGGAUUUGGUAGGAUUCUGACAUUCUGGCAAAGGGUUAUGUCAACAUAUUCGCAGAUCCGCUACGUUUUACGGUACGUGUUUAUUUCCUUAUUUCUUUAGGUUCAUUCGUUUUCAACAUCUUAUUUGGGACAGUUUGACAUUAAUCACUUAAACUCAUUAUUUUAUAGUUCAACAAACUUUGUAUGUAUAUAUGUAACUACCAAGUGCAUUAUCACAUCGCAAACAUUUACCGUUUUCAAUACCUUAGAUUAUUGUAUUUUCGAUAGGUUUAAAUUGACAAUGAAGAAUAUGGAAUUUCUCCUAGCAUUUCUUUAGAAAGUCACGCUCUUUAAGUCGUUUGUUGUGACAUACA